UCAUCCCUGUGUUGUUAUGUGUUUGUUUCAGUGUACCCGAUGUUUAGAGUGUACGGAAAACAUCUAACAUAUUAUCUAUGCCAAAGACUGGCCAGCUAGUACCAAUAUCAAAUCUACGAAAUCGGAAAUGGCAAUGACGUCAGUAUAAGUAACAUUCAGGUAGGCACACGUGUGAUGUGUGCGAUAAAGGAAACCAAGCAAACAUACUGCAGAACAGAAAGAGACCGGGACACUUAGAUAUAUGAUAGCAAUGUAGAUAGAGGUGGAGACAAAGACCGUCUGCGUGUAAGGAUGGCAAUUCAAGCUCCGAACCGAUCGUGAAACUCUGUGAACGCGCACAGAGCGUAUAAGCUCGCCUGCUAACGUCGGCCGCCACUUGUUUGCGACGCGCAUUCGACGAGUGACGGGUCUACCAGAGGGCAUUGCAUAACGUACACCCCCCUCCGUCGGCCGCUCGGAUGACAUGGGGCGCAUCUUUCUCGAACAUCUCGGCGGAAGCAGAAUCUUCAGCUGCGCGAGUUGCGAGAGCGCGCUCACCAACCGCGCUGAAUUGAUCUCAACGAGAUUCACCGGCGCCACUGGCCGCGCGUUCCUCUUCAACAAGGUCGUCAACAUCAAUCUGAGCGAUGUGCAGGACCGGAUGAUGCUCACCGGAAGACACAUGGUCAGAGACGUGUCCUGUAAAAACUGUGAUGCGAAACUCGGCUGGGUAUACGAGUUCGCGACGGAGGAGAACCAACGCUACAAGGAGGGUCGCGUGAUACUCGAGCGUGCCCUGGUGUCGGAAAGCGAGGGUUUUCCCGAUGACGAGGUGGGACCGGCACAGAGUAUCGAGAACAAUAACAACUGACGUCAUGCUGCAUUUGAUCUCAGCACAUGUAUAUCAUCAUCAUCAUCAUCAUCAUCAUCAUCAUCAUCAUCAUCAUCAUCAUCAUCAUCAUCAUCAU